AUGACUUUCCCAGUCUCUCUGGAACCAUCUCGCAAACGACAGGAGCCUGACUAUCUCGACCCACUACGACCUCCAUCGAAAAGGCUGAAGCUCGGGCAGCCCACUUCAGCAUAUUGGGAUAGUUUGUCGAAGAUUUGGUUAACGAAGGACGCUCUCGAAGAGUUGGAUCGACGAAACAGGGCUUCUGGCAACAUACCAGAGUCGCCAUAUUUCCGCCACCGGCCGCUCACUCGACAGUUGCAGGCGAGACUUGAGCGUCGUCACCAGACACUAACCCUCGACCCCCUAAUCAACUGCAAAGCCGAGAGCCUGAGCAAGAUCAAAAGACUCUCCAGACAGGGCGGACCUGACCUGUCCGACCUUCGGAAUUUCCCAGAUCCUCAUAUCCCUUAUUAUCAAUCAAUGAGCACAAACAGUUCGGGCCGCCGGAAGCGACGUGCGGGGACUCCUCCAGACAAUAGCAACAAUAGCAACAAUAAAACCACAAAGACUACAAGCACUACCGCCUAUAACCGGAACUUUGAGCAAAAGUUGAUCGAUUACGGUGUUUACCCCCCUGGAUAUAAGUACCCCGAUGGUCAGAAACCGGAAAAGCCGAAUAACUGGUCGGAAGUCAAUGAACGGCUGGCGCAAUCACGAGCUUCCCUCUCCCCAUCAAAGUUCUCGGAGCGUGAGUUUGAAGAGUUUGUUGAGGCAGAUUUGAACGCGUCCAAGGAGAAACCUAUUGUACGCUUGGCCAUCCCAAUUAUAGAAGGACGUGUCGAUGAUGUUAGGUGUAUGGGGGGCGACUAUCCAUUCGGGAAUCUUGCUCCUUUGACAGAUGGCACACUAGCAAAUGCAAAACCAGAUCAUUUCUUUGGCGCUCGUCCUGAGCAGCUCAGCCCUGAAAUCCGCGAUGAGCUUAGCGACUACAUCCUACCAUCGACGCAGAGCUCCCUUCCGAUGGCUCCGAACUUCUUUCUUGAGACUAAAGGCCCAGAUGGAUCCCUUGCUGUUGCCACUCGGCAAGCCUGUUACCAUGGCGCGCUGGGCUCCCGAGCAAUACGCAAGCUUCAGUCGUACAAGCAAGAUGAGCCACCCAACGACAAAAAUGCCUAUACGAUAACGUCAACUUACCACGGAGGUCAACUCAAGCUCUACACAACACAUCCCACCGCCCCUCGAGAAAGCGAUGGCCGUCCUGAAUAUAUUAUGACUUCGCUAAGAUCAUUUGCGAUGACAGAUAACCCAGAUACCUUUCGGAGCGGUGCAUCCGCGUAUCGGAAUGCACGGGAUUGGGCAAAAGAACAAAGGGACCAGUUUAUUAAUUCUGCGAACGAGAGACACACACAACUUCCAUCUGAACUUCUCUCAUCUGAACGUGAGCCAACUUCUGAACCAACUGUCGUUUUGGAGGACUCUGAUACAUCAGCCACAUCUGAUGAAGCCGAAUUUCACGAUGCUGAGUGGAGUUUUGCAUAUCCAAAUGACAGCGUUGAGGAUGCUUCGAACAAACAUACAAGAGCCAAGCCAACCAAUAGUACUAGCCGCAAGUCUCUCCAAAAUUAA